AUGUGGAUUAUCUCGUUCUGGGUGUUUCCGGUCAUUUCGGCCUGCAUGUGGGUUGCGAUGUUAAUUGCCAUGCUCGUGACAUGGGUCCGAGAUGGUCGACCUAUCUACCCGUGUAUGCGUAACGCCGAUGGUACCACCGACGGCCAAACGGUUGCAUACAUCUCUGACGUGGGUGCCUAUGGUGCACAGCCUCUUUUCAUUACUGGUAGUGUCAUCACCGUGGUCUUCCUGGAUCUCGCGUUGCUGGCUGAGCGCUGGCUGCGACAUGCGGGUCAACUUGUUCCCAACAAGGGUUGGUUUGACAAAGUCUGCUCCAUUCUCUCCAUCUUCUUUGCCGUCGCUGGAGCACUUGGUUUGAUCCUCUUGUCCAUUUUCGACACAGCUCAAUACCCACACUUGCACGAUGGAUUUCUGGUCAUGUUUAUUGCGGGAUAUCUGAUCAGCGCAAUCUUGAUUUGUGCCGAGUAUCUACAUAUGGGCCUCUUCUAUCGGUCUCAACACCGCAUUCUCUUGGUCAGCUUUGCAAUCAAGCUCAGCUUUGUGAUCAUUGAAAUUGCCCUGGCAAUUGCGUUUGGUAUUUGCAUGGAGAGCAGCGAUCGUGCGAAGAAGAACCCUGGUGCCAUCAUAGAAUGGGUGAUUGCCUUCGUCUUCACUGGUUACGUACUUUCCUUCAUGAUCGAUUUGUUGCCGUCGGUCCGUACUCGGAGACACCUGCCUCAGGGUGAGAAGCGAGCCAACAUGUCUCAGUCUCAGACUGAUGAUGAUGUCCCGCAGGCCUCCUUGGAGGAGCCUCUGACCGUUGACUCUGCUCACUAUUACCGUGGCCAGCGCGUUUAA